AUGCAGUCACAACGUCAGUGGUAUCUAAAUGCGCAGGCAAUUUCCUCGGCCAAUCCUGCCGAGAAUGCUUUCAAAGAGGCGCUUUCCGUAUUCCAGUUGGAUUCCCGCACUUGCGCGAGGUUCGGUACAGUUCAGCAACUUCAGAGCCUCAAUGACCUGCAAAGCAUCCUCAACGACGCGCGAUCCAGAUAUGAGCAAGAGCAUGAAGGGAAAAAAGUCGCCAAGUGGUUGUCGAAAUUUGCGUCGCGCAUCUGCCAUUACGGUCAAAUCUUCGAUGUUCUUGUCCAGCAUCAUCCUGAGUACGUCAGCCUAGCAUGGGGAGCAAUGAAAUUUCUCUUUGUCUUGGUUGAGAACCACGGGAAGCAACUGAGAGUCCUUGCUAAAGGGUUGAGCCAAAUCGCGGAUGUGCUACCACACAUGGAGUUCGCCAAUGCUUUCUACCCCACCGCCCGCAUGCAACAGGCGGUAUCCGAAAUCUAUAGCAGAAUCAUUCGAUUUUUCCUCUGA